UGAGCGCACGAGCCAGUCUCCUGGACGGACGCAGUUUCUCAAGUGGAUCAAAGAUUACUGUAAAAACCUGCUCAGUCCUAAACUCAGACACUUCAGCCAUAAAAAAAAAGAAGACGAAGAGGGCAGUCCUAGCGGGAGACACGGGGAAACCUCUCCAAUGCUGCACGGGACACAGCAGCACAGUUAAAGGUUAAAGGAGCACCACCACUGUAGGGAAAUAUCACAAUGCAAAUGGAUCAGACGUACGGGGAGGUGAACCAGCUCGGCGGUGUGUUUGUCAACGGUCGGCCUCUUCCCAAUGCGAUCCGGAUCCGAAUCGUCGAACUGGCGCAGCUCGGGAUCAGGCCGUGUGACAUAAGUCGACAGCUCCGGGUCUCUCACGGGUGUGUGAGCAAAAUCCUGGCCAGGUACAACGAGACCGGCUCUAUUUUACCUGGAGCUAUCGGUGGGAGUAAACCCCGGGUCACGACGCCAAACGUGGUGAAGAGCAUACGGGAUUAUAAACAGGGCGAUCCUGGAAUAUUUGCUUGGGAAAUACGCGACAGACUGCUGGCCGACGGAGUGUGCGACAAAUAUAACGUCCCGUCUGUGAGCUCCAUCAGUCGCAUUUUAAGAAACAAGAUCGGGAACCUGUCUCAGCCGAGUCAGUAUGACAGCAAACCCUCUCCACCGCAGAUCUCCUAUAACCCCGUGUAUCCAUACUCCUACCCGAACCCCAUGUCCCCGACCGGCUCCAAACUGGGCAGUCCCCCGGGGGUGUCUGUCAGCCUGUCCCGGGCCUGGCCCUCCGUGCACACCGUCAGCAACAUAUUAGGAAUACGGGCUUUCAUGGAUCCCGCAGCCAUUGCUGGAACAGAGAGUUACCAGCAGAAAAUGGAGGACUGGACGGGCGUAAACAGAUCUACAUUUCCUUCCGUGCACGGAGUCAACGGCAUCGAGAAACCAGAAAGUGACAUUAAGUACAACCAGGCUUCAUCAAAUUUAUCGGGAUAUGUUCCCGCGUGCGCGUACUCCGCUAACCAGUACGGGGUUUACGGAGGGCCCGCCGGUAACUACGGGCACUGGCAGUCUCAGGGCGCGAGCCUCAGUCAUCCGAACAGCGGGGCCAUGAUCCAGAGCCCAAACCUGCACUGCGCCAUAGCCUUCAAAAACCCGGCCCGGGACGCUGUAGAAAGAAAGAGUCCUCUGAGCAAACAUCAGCACGACGUUCAUGGACUCUCAGAGUCAUAAGAACACAAAGACCAGCAGAGAAAACAACUUUCAUCUGUUCAUCCUUCAAAGACUCGCUCGUCUGGAUAAAACACACCUGAAUGUUUCACACCAUCAUGGAGAAGUGGGAUCUGAAGCUGUGGAGACAGAGACACCACAGAGGAUUUCUGCAAUAUUUGCAGUAGACUUUUUUUUUUCUUGUUCUUUGGUGUAAAUAAAUUUGGCGUCAGGCUGCAACAUUGUUAGAGUCAUGCGCCAUAUGGAAAUGAAA